AUGAGCGUGUCCUUUGCCAAGUCAGGUGCCAGCAAAAUUGCCAUAGCAGCAAGUUCGAUGCCCUCUGAAACAUGCCGAGAGAUGUUGGCUGCCACUGCUGAUCUUCCGAUUCCUAAGCCCUCCAUCCUGCCUAUUCAGAUGGAGGUGGCUGACCAAGUGAGCAUCGCCAGCGCCGUCGAUGUGGUACGGGCUGGGUUUGGCUAUCUGGAUAUCAUGAUCAUCAACGCUGGGGUGUUGACCAAGGGUAGGAUAAUUGACAGUAGCCCUGAAGAUUGGGCGAGGAACUGGAUCGUCAAUGUCAUGGGGCCCUACCUGCUGGCGAGUGCCUUCUUGCCACUGAUGUUCGCGGGGGGUGAGAAGACUAUUGUAACUGUCAGCAGUGUUGGAGCCCACAUAGUGCUACCCGGCUUUAGCGGGUACGAGAUGUCCAAGUUGGGCGUCCUCCGCCUCACAGAGUUCCUCGCGGCCAAGCAUGGCGAUGACGGACUCGUAGUCUACUCGAUCCACCCCGGCAACGUCCCGACCGACAUGGUUGGAGGACCAGAAGAAGUUGAUCUCGAAAUAAAACAUGGUGGGUUGAGUAUGCAUUGCGGUUCUACCCAGACAUAA